ACAUACGAAGGUGAAGGACUCAGCUGUAUGUCAUAUCUGAGAGCAGAUACAAAUGUGCUCACGAAUUGUAAGGUAUCUGCAGCCUUGAGUUUGAGGCAUCCAUGGGCCCUUUCCUUGUGUGACUCCAACAUCACAACUUCUCCUCCUUUCUCUUCCUUGUACUUUUACCACUCUUUCUGUCCGUCAGCAUGGCCGACAUAUGCACAGCAGUCUUGCUUGGCUUACUCGUCAUUCUAUCCGGCACUCGAAUUCUUUCCUGGGCUCGUAUCAGAGUCAAACGUCGUCUCCAUGGCUGUCAAUUACCACCCCGCUAUCCACAUAAAGACCCAAUCCUCGGCCUCGAUUAUUUCCUAACGGAACUCAAAGAGCGUGAGGAUGGGAUUUCCUGGGCUAGCGAGCGCAACCGCUUCGCCCGCCUGGGCCGCACCUACGAGGUGAACUCAUGGGGAAAUAGAAGGAUCAUGACAAUGGAUUCACAGAAUAUCCGUGAAGUUCUAGGUACAUCUUUCGAUAGAUUUGGUGUCCAAGAGUUGCGUCUGCCCAUUUCGAGCAGCUUCAUGGGCAAGGGAGUGUUUACGACGGAUGGAGAGUAUUGGGAGUACUCACGCAAGCUCCUUGCGCCCAUGUUUUCGCGAUCGCAGGUUUCUGAUCUGAGUGCGUUUGAUGUUCAUCUUGAUAGGAUGUUUGAACGGCUGCCACGGGACGGCUCGACGGUCGAGUUACAGGGUCUCCUUAAGCUUAUGUAUCUUGACCACGCAACAGAAAUGAUAUUUGGCAAGUCGACAGAUACACUUCUCAAGGAGACGCCAGAUGAAUCCGCCCACGAACUUCUUGACACUUUCGCAGCAGUGUUGAAGAGAACGGGUAUUCGGAUCCUUCUUGGCCGUCUAUGGAUUCUUACUGCCUGGGACACAACAUUCCAAAAACUUUCAAAUAACGUCCGGGCGGUAGUUAUGAAAUAUAUUGACGAGGCUAUUCAAAGACAGCACCACGACGUCAAGUCAAACGCCAACAGAUACAUCAUCGUUGAUGAACUUGUCAAGAGUCUCGGCGAUCGAGAGGAGAUUUGUAACCAACUUCUUAAUAUCUUUCUACCGGCUCGUGAUGCGGCGUCUGUCAGCCUCAGUGCUUGCUUGUUUUAUCUCGCCAGACACCCUGAUGUAUGGGAUAGGUUGAGAGCGAAAGUCCUCGCAAUACAAGGUCCUAUAACUCGGGAUGGCCUUCGGUCCAUGCCUUAUAUGCAGGCAGUGCUAAAUGAAAGUAUGUCGAGCAAGUUGUUAGAUCCUGUUGAUCUGUAAAUAUAUUUUGAGGCCUAAGGUAUAAAGGUUGAUUGACAUCGUCUUCUAGGUCUCCGACUCCAUUCACCCGCAGCUGGCAAUCGACGUAUAUGCACCCAGGACUGCAUUCUCCCAACGGGGGGCGGUCCAGACGGCAGGUCUCCCAUAUUCAUAUCCAAAGGAGACAAUGUACACGUUAUCUUCAGCGCAAUGCACUACGACAAGGAAAUCUGGGGCGAAGACGCCGACGAAUUCCGACCUGAGCGCUGGUUAGACGAGAAUGGACUUAUCAAGACGAAAAACAGCUGGACAUAUAUGCCGUUUUCUGCCGGAAGACGCGUUUGUCCAGGCAUGGACAUCACACUGACAGAGAAUGCCUAUGUGCUUGUACGGUUGAUGCGGGAGUUUGAGAAACUGGAGAACCGAGAUCCAGUCGGAGAAUAUGUUGAGCGGACUAGGCUUACUACAGAGAGCCGGAAUGGGGUGAAAGUCGGCUUGAUCAGGGCACAGUAGCCACUGAGAUUGAGAUAAACUAGGGUUUAGGGCUGGACAGAUGCGGCAUUACCGCUUUAGGCAUGCCUGGUGUCUGCCCUGAUUUGGCCGGGAUCGCAGGAAUGCGGACCUCAAGUGUAUACUAUAAAGAAGAUUAAAUCACAUCAAUGAUACUUCUAACUAUUAUUUAUAACAU